AAGACCUGAGACGUUUGCUUGACUCUUGAAGAAUGAGGAUGUCUCUGUUGCUUCUUCCUCUGCUCUUCUGCUUCCUUCAGCCAACUUUAAGCACUCCUCAUGCACUUUCAACAUCAUCAUGCUGUUUUAAGUUUUUUAAUGCCGCAAUUCCUCUAGACCGGAUUGUGUCUUUUUCUUGGACUAACAGCAGCUGUCCAAAAAGAGCUAUUGUGUUUCAGACUAUUGCUGGAAGAAAGAUCUGUGUAGAUCCAAAGAGCUCGUGGGUCAGCAGCAGCCAUGUUGAUAAAGAGAACAUUAGAACAACUACAGCAACAGCAAUGACUAGAGCAAAAACACUGAGCACCACACUAUAAAUCUGUUUUAUUUAA